AUCGACGAGUAAAUAGAAACCGGAAUGUAACCGAAUCACUGCAGAAAUAUUUACCUUAGAUUAGACUGACCUUUCAGAAACUUGUACCAGCUAAAAAGAGCAGCAUUUUUUUUAAUACAAAUGUGUUAGACACGUCAAUACAUAGGACCACUGCAUGAAAAGUCCUGUUUACAAACUUUUGCGUUUUAUAUCGCCACCUGUCGCUGUGGAGUAUAAACGAGACGGUUUUUGUUUCCUGAUGUAAAUAGCACAGUCAUCCGCUUUAUGUUCCUGUCGUCUUAAACUUUUAAAUCGGAGGAUAACCUCAAACAAAAUCCGGCGGAACGUCUCACUGUAGUCUUAUCCCGUUUUUAUUGCUUUAAAAGUCGCACUGAGUGAUGGAGGAUCAGACCUACAGUGUGAAGCUCUAUAUUUAUGACCUGUCAAAGGGACUUGCUCGCCAGCUCAGUCCUCUGCUGUUAGGAAAACAACUGGAAGGAGUUUGGCACACAUCAGUAGUAAUCCAUGGAGCGGAGUAUUUCUUUGGGGGACAGGGUAUAACAAACUGCCCACCGGGUGCUACACUGUUGGGAGAGCCAGAUGCCAUAGUGGAUUUGGGAAACACAGAAGUUCCUAAGGACAUAUUUACAGAAUAUAUCUCAUCCCUGCACGAGUCAACAUACAGACCAGAGACGUAUCACCUUUUCGAACACAACUGUAACACCUUCAGUAGCGAAAUGGCCCAAUUUUUAACAGGAAGAAAAAUUCCAUCAUAUAUUACCGACCUGCCGUCUGAUGUGCUUUCCACGCCUUUUGGACAAACACUGCGUCCUCUGAUUGAAUCUGUCAGCAUUGCUCCACCUACAGACAACUCUUUCAAUGGACAAAGGUAGACUGUGUUGUAAAGAACAGUGUCAUGUUAAAGGAAUGGUUCAGGCACAAAUUAAGUUUAAUUCAGAAAUGAAGGUUUCACAAAGGUCAGUAUCACCAAAGCAAUUUCCUUGUACUUGGCAAUAAACUUGAUUCGUAUUCUGAUGAUAGCCAUAUAUACAGUACUGUACAAAAGUCUUAGGCACGUAUAAAGAAAUGCUGUAGACCAAAAAUGGUCUACAGCAAAUAAUGAAAUGAAAUGUUUCAACAUUAAAAAAAAUACUAUAAACAGCAGUAAGCCAUAAUAAACGAAACAAACUCAGUAUUUGGUGUGAGACGACCCUCUGCUUUAAAAUAUAGUUGUCUCGGGUACAGUGAGUGCAGUUUUAUAAGGAAAUGAGCUGUGGGUUUUACUGGGCAUCUUGCAGAAGCAGCCACCAUUCUUCUGGACACUUUGUCACACUUGCUUCUUAAUUUUGCAGCAAAACCCAGUAGCCUUCAUUAUGUUUUCUUUUUUUAAUCUGCAUAGUGGUCUCUUAUGUACUAUGCUGCUCAGAUACAAACACUUUUUUUUUUUUUUUUCUGUAACAUUUAAUUUUGUGCUGGAAAACAAACGUUUGGAACUCUAAAAUGUUUUUUGUACUGACUCAAUAAUGUAGAAGUCAUAAAAUAGAAAUCUAUAACAAAGAUUUGUAUGAAAAACAAUAGGGUGCCUGAGACUUUUGCACAGUACUGUGUGUGUAUAUAUAGCGCCCUCCACAAUUAUUGGCACCCCUGGUUAAGAUGUGUUAAAAGCCUUAAAAUAAAUUAAAUUUUUAUUGCAGAAGCAUAAUCUCACACUGAAAAAUGUAGCCCUUAACUCAAGUGAAUUUAAAAAAAAUCCCUGACUAAGAAAUAAUUAUUUUUCAUAAAAUCACCUGUUCCACAAUUAUUGGCACCCAUAACAAUUCCUAGAAAAUAAAUGUAAUUGAAACAUUUCUGUCAUUUCUACUGUAGUUUAUAAAGUUGAUCAGAGUAUCUAGGAACCUUUAAUUAGUAAUUCAUCAUGUCCUGUUUCCCUGGGGUAUAAAUAUGAUGUGACACAGAGGCCUAUUUCUCUUAUCCACGCUUCAACAUGGGAAAGGCAAGAGAACACACCAUUCAAGUAAGGCAGAUGUGUGUCGACCUUCAUAAGUCAGGCAAUGGCUACAAGAAAAUAGCCACCUACCUACACCUGCCCAAAUCUACAGUCAGAGGAAUCAUCAAGAAGUUUAAAACAACUGGAACAGUGGCAAACAAGCCUGGACGAGGAUGUAAGUUUGUCUUGCCACCACGCACAGUGAGGAGGAUGGUAAGAGAAGUAAAAAGUUCUCCAAAGCUCACUGUUAGAGAAUCGCAUCAAAGAGUAGCAUCUUGGGGUCACAAAGUCUCCAUAACAACCAUCAGGCGCUAUCUACAUGCCAACAAGCUGCUUGGGAGGCAUGCACGGAAAAAGCCUUUUCUCACUUGCAAGCAUAAACGUAAACAUCUGGAGUUCGCUAAGCAGUACUGGGACUUCAACUGGGACCGUGUGCUUUGGUCAGAUGAGACCAAGAUAGAGCUUUUUGGCAACAAACACUCUAAUACAUCACAAAAGAUGAGUAUGUGGAAAAGCACCUCAUGCCCACUGUGAAGUAUGGGGGAGGAUCGGUGAUGCUGUGGGCCUGUUUCUCUUCCAAAGGCCCCGGGAACCUUGUUAGGGUGCAUGGCAUCAUGAACUCUUUGAAAUACCAGGACAUUUUAAAUCAAAAUCUGGUGGCCUUUGCCCGAAAGCUGAAGAUGGGUCAUCACUGGGUCUUUCAGCAAGAUAAUGACCCUAAACACACGGCCAAAUCUACACAAAAAUGGUUCACCAGACACAAAAUCAAGCUCCUCCCAUGGCCAUCUCAGUCCCCAAACCUCAACCCAAUUGAAAACCUGUGGGGUGAGCUGAAGAGGAGAGUGCAUAGGAGAGGACUCUGGAUGAUUUAGAGAGAUUGUGCAAAGAGGAAUGGUCGAAUAUCCCUCUCUCUGUAUUCUCCCAUCUUGUGAAAUGUUAUAGGAGAAUAUUAAGUGCUGUCUUGUUGGCAAAAGGGAGUUGUACAAAGUAUUAACAUCAGGGGUGCCAAUAAUUGUGGCACACAUGAUUUCAUGUAAAAUAAUUUUUUCUUCAUGUGGGAUUUUUUUUCCUACUGAAUAAAUGCACUUGAAUUAAAGGUUGGAUUUUUCUUUUUUUUGCAUUGUUGUCCUAUGUUAUUAUUAUUUUUUUUUUUUAAAUGAAUUUAUUAGAAGCCUAAGAACAUAUCUUAACAAGGGCUGCCAAUAAUUGUGGAGGGCGCUGUAUAUAUGUCAGCCAAUAUAUGCUUUCUGGCACUACAGGCUAAUUUAGCUAACAAAUAAGGGAAGCUUAGACUGGCAGCUAUAUCUGAUUGCGCUGUCGUCACACAUUUGUCUCAGAAUACAUGUAAACCAACAGACCAAGUCUCUUAAACAACACGUAAACACAUGACCAAAUGAGUUUUUAAGGCCUGUUAAACACACUGUCUAGAAAGGUGAAGUUAUCUGAUGAAUAAAUAGUUUGCUGCAAUGCAUCAGAAUCUACAUAUAGAUAAGCGUCUUAAGAUGGCCCAUAAAUGUAGCAUUCCGAAUUUAAAACAAAGUGAAACACUCUCCUCAAGAUCUUGAUUUUUGUAGACACUGACCCAUAGUCAUGAACCAUUAGCUUGCAACUGGAUCUAUAAACAAGCGGUGUGGAAAAAUCUCUGACUGCAGUGAUUUUACUUUUCAUUGAAAUAUAACAAGAAACUAUUAUUGUGUAAUUUUGUUUAAUGCUUAAAUAUACUAUAAUGUUCAUAUGCAUAAUGAUUAUAUAAUACUUAAAUCUUCUGCUGUUGUAUAUGUUGAGGCUGGUGCUCAUUCUUGACAAAUAAUGGAUUCUUCCUGGCUGCCAAAGUCUGCUUUUGUGUUGACUUGACUUUUAUCCGAUCUGCAAUAACAUCUGAAAGUCACACGAGCUUGCGCAAAUCAGUACAAAAAUACAUGGUGAGGAAGUGAUACUGAAUUUAUGGCUGCUAUUGCUGUUUUAAACUAUGCAUCACACUUUAGUAUAUUUUUACUGUACUGUAUGACACUUUACUGGUAUGGCACUGUGUGUCAUCCAGUGUCUGAAUCCAAAAGAAAGACUCUUUAUUAUUACUUAAUAUCUUGUCAUGAAUGACAUGCAGUUUGUGUGAUGCUGAAUUGGAGGCUUCCUUUACUUGUUCGCGACAUUAGUCUAAUAUCUCAAAUUUAGAUGCCAAACAUAUGCUCAACUACAGUUAGGGAAAUAAAAAAAUUUUCUCCCAUCUAUCACUUUAAGACAUUGGCUUAAGAUGGAGAGAUAGACAGAAAGAAAGAGAAGAGAGAAUUUUUAUUGGUCUCGAGGGAAAUUGCAGCAUUACAGUAGUGGUAAUAAACAUUAAUGAAAACUUGAUCAGUAAAAUGGUGUGUGAAAAAAUUCUCAGUAAUGAAGCUUCAGAAUAAUAUAUGGAGUAAUAUAUAGUUUUGAGUAAUAUAUUGCAAAAUGUUUUGGCCUUCCAGACACAGUUGUGCUGUUUUUAUUAAGAACCUGUCACAUCAGUUAUUGAAACAAAAAAUAGGAAAUAACAAACACAUACAGCUAAUAGAAUAUUUCAUGAAAUUAAUAACCUAUUAAUUAAAAAUAAAUCAAUUAGCCUUAAAUGUCUGGAGAAUGUGCGAUAUGCAAAAUGGGACUACAUUCAUAUCAAUACCAAAUAUCACAAAAUACAAAUGGGAACAUAUUUACAAUCUUCUUUGUAAGUGGUAAAGUAUAGGAUGUAUUAUCCUAUGGGUUGUACAGGAUAUGUCCGAGAGGCAGUAUUUUACUCAAUGUUCUCUUGCCAACCUCAUAUUCAUUUCUCAUACACUUGUUGUUGUAUGGCACAUGUACUAAUGAGUUCAGCUGAUUUAUUGUAUCUUUUCCACUUUUUUUUUUUGCCAUUAUUUGUCAUGGAACCAUUUCUGCCUGUUUAAUCCAUGAAAAUUAGAUUGUUUGUUUUAUUGAUUAACUCAUUUUUUGUAACUUCGUAUGAAAAGUCUAUAAGUGUUCUGUCAUAAGUACUGACAUUUGGGUCAUAAGGUUGAUCUUCAGAUAAAUCAAAUAGUUUGUAGGUUAAGCUAAAAGGGUUUUUCCUAAUCUAUGUGAUGACAGAAUACAGAGAAUACAUCUUUUACCUUCAGAUUUUACCUCCAUAUUGAUGUCAGUAUGUCUGUGUGUAUACUUAAUGACUUCUCUGCUUAUUAUAUACUUGAAAUUACUUUUGUUGACCUAAUAUUAACCGAUUUAUUGGUGACCUUGCUUGUCGGAUUGGUGGAAUAAUUUUGUACCUCAAAUACUAAAGCAUGACUGUAUAUUUUGAUCUUUAGUAAUUAAUGGGAAGCAAAAUGUUACUUUACUGCAAUGCAAAUUUGUUUCUGUUCAACACCGUGAUCUUCCUUGAACAAAAGGUGAAUUUGAGGAGGUGUAAAGUACCUCUGGUUGUGAUGCUGUUUAUCUGUUGGAAAGACUUGAAUAAUUGUAGUGUAGCAAUGAAAGUGUCCACUAAGUGGCAGAAGUACUGCACAGUUUUGAGGUAAACCAAGCCAAGCAGUCAUCAGCAUUCAUGUAUAUUAAAUAUAUUUAAGUUCCACUAUAUUGAAUAUUAUUAUAAUGUGAUUGUAUAAUGUCUGCUGUAACCUGUAAUAAACAUUUGCUCAUACUUGUUUCCUAUAAAA